AUGUCUCAUCUAGAAUCUCAUCUAACAGAUGCAACUGAGCAAUCCAAUACCUCGCACCAACCCCCUUUGGUCGAAGAUUCUGAUCCGAGCGACGCCGACUCUGCUUAUGGUGCAUCAAUUAAUAGCACAAUAUCGGCUUCUCUGACCAGCUCGGUCCUCAACUACAGAUACGAGAAUGGCCGACGGUACCACGCAUACCGAGAAGGCCAGUACUAUUUGCCCAACGACGAAGACGAGCAAGCUCGGCUUGAUAUGUUACAUCAUAUCUUCUGCUUAGUUCUCGACGGCGCCUUGUUCCGCGCUCCGUUGUUCCAGCACGGUCAACCACAGCGGGUCUUGGAUCUUGGUUGUGGCACUGGGAUCUGGUGCAUGGGGUUUGCGGACGAAUUUCCGGAAUCUCUCGUGAUCGGCAUUGAUCUCAGUCCGAUCCAACCAGAUUGGGUCCCUCCGAACUGUAAAUUCUAUGUGGACGAUAUCGAGAGCGAAUGGGCCUACUCCCCAAUAGAGCACUUCGACUAUAUUCAUGGUCGGGCGCUCUGCGGAAGUAUCGCAGACUGGCCUAGGCUAUUCACUCAGUCACUUGCUAAUCUCAGGCCUGGGGGCUGGUUAGAGAUGCAAGAAUUCUACUGUCACGUCUAUGACUACGACGGCGGCAUCGACAACGCCCCUUGCCUGAAAGACUGGGAAGUGAAAAUAACCGAAGCUAGCAGGAGAUUCGGCAAAGAUCUCAAAAAGGCCAAUGUUCUAAAGCAGCACAUGGAAGAUGCAGGCUUCGUCGAUGUCCAAGAAGAGAUCUACAAGGUGCCCAUUGGGACGUGGGCCAAAGGAAGGAAAUUCAAGGAACUUGGGAGAUAUUCCCUUGUGCAGUUUCUCGACUCCGUCGAGCCUUUCUCGCUGGCUUUGUUCACCAGGGUGCUUGGAUAUACGGUGGAUGAGACCAAGAUUAUGAUUGCGAAGGUCAAGAGUGAUUUGCAUAAUCCGAAGCUGCAUUCAUAUUUACACUUUCAUCUCGUUUGGGGUAGGAAAGCCGGGGAACUAGGACGAAGUGAGUGA